AAUGUAGUAUUGUUGCUUUACAUGUGUUGAGCUAAUUAUAUUCUUUUUCUUAAACUUCAUAAGUCACCAAACGAUGAUAAUUUAUGAUCAAACGUUUAAUUGAGGAUCAUUCCCACCUUUGGGUUUCAUAUUAAAUUCGUUUUUAUCUUUUAGGGAUACGAAGGAGACAUCAACAACGCAUCUUUUAUAAAGAAAAUUUGUCUUCAAGGGAAGCAAUUGAGGCACUCACAUCCAAUUUGCUUUAAUAUAAACCUGUCUUGGGGGCCAAAAGAGAACUCAUGCGAGGCAAUUCAUUAUUGUGUUGUGUUGGAAUCACUUCUAUAGCUGGUGGACGUUUCGGUUACAUUGUCAGUGUGCUACUCAUAAAUUUCCUGGCCAUGAAUAAUUUGCGCCGAAUUCCACUGAGGCAGAUUUGCCAGAGAUUGUCCCAGAAUGCCAGGUUGUAUAGUGAAGGAACUUUUGAGAAGAUCCCUCCACUCACCACCCUUACGGACGAUGAGCAAAUGAUGAAGGAUACAGUGGCCAAAUUCUCUCAGGAAAAGAUCCUGCCGCAUGUAAAGAAGAUGGAUGAAAACAAUCUCUUUGAGCAAUCCAUCAUUGAUGAACUCUUUGCACAAGGACUCAUGGGCAUUGAGAUUCCCACUGAACUGGGUGGAAGUGGAUGUAAUUUCAUGACCAACAUUAUUGUUGUUGAGGAACUGUCGAAGGUGGAUCCUGCUGUUGCAGCGUACGUUGACAUCCACAAUACCCUGGUGAAUUCUCUGCUCAUGAAGGUUGGCAGUCAGGCACAGAAGGAGAAGUACCUGCCGCUUCUGGCUCAAAAAUGUGCUGGAAGUUUCGCUUUGACUGAACCAACAUCUGGUUCUGAUGCUUUCUCCUUGAAGACAACGGCCAAGAAGGAGGGUUCGCAUUACAUCCUCAAUGGCACAAAAAUGUGGAUCUCCAAUUCUGACGUAGCUGGUGUAUUCCUCGUAUUUGCCAAUGCUAAUCCAUCUGCUGGCUACAAAGGAAUCACCACAUUUAUUGUGGACGGAGACUCUCCUGGUCUUGUUGUUGCCAAGAAAGAGAACAAACUUGGUAUCCGGGCAUCAGGAACAUGCGUUCUCAACUUCGACAAUGUUAAGGUGCCCGAAGAGAACCUCUUGGGAGAAUUCGGUAAAGGCUACCAAUACGCUGCUGGCUUUCUCAAUGAGGGAAGAAUUGCAAUUGGUGCCCAAAUGGUGGGCCUAGCUCAGGGAUGCGUUGACGCUACUAUUCCCUACUUGUUGGAACGCAAGCAAUUCGGACAGGAUAUUUACUCCUUCCAGAGUAUGCAGCAUCAAAUUGCGCGUGUUCUCACGGAGAUUGAGUGCGCGAGAUUGUUGACAUACAAUGCGGCACGUUUGCAGGAGGCUGGUAAACCCUUCACGAAGGAAGCUGCAAUGGCCAAGUAUUACUCAUCGGAGAUUGCUCAGAAUGCCACGAUUAAGUGUAUUGAUUGGAUGGGCGGUGUGGGCUUCACGAAAGACUUCCCACAGGAGAAAUUCUAUCGUGAUGUGAAGAUUGGUGCCAUCUACGAGGGUACAACCAAUAUGCAGCUAAGCACAAUUGCCAAGUACAUCCGCAAGGAAUAUGGUGGAUAAAAAACUGUGUGCAAUUGCGAUGCUCUCAAGUGAUAUUUAACGUCUAAUUCGCAUGCCAUCCCGCAUUUAUUUUCUCUGUGCAAAUAUUUUGCUAUAUUAAAAUGAUUUUCAACACUGAUAAA